CAUCAAUUCCAAACCUACCAAUCUCCCCAUUCCAACAGAGGAUCCAGUUACCCUCAAGGUAGCAUUUAGCCAUUCCCUCAGCCCCGCCUCCAAUUCCGCAAAGGAACGAGGGGAACAAUUCUCCAAGACAACCACCUCCUUCAUACAAGACAACCAAACCCGAACCACCAGCCAACAUGCAUUCUCCUUCGGACCCAACCCUUCAAUUCGACUCUAUUGAGGACACAAUAGCAGCCUUCAAGAACGGUGAAUUCAUCAUCGUGCUCGAUGACCAAGACCGCGAAAAUGAAGGCGAUCUCAUCAUCGCCGCCGACUCCAUCACUCCGGCGCAAAUGGCCUUCCUAGUUCGCCACACAAGUGGGCUGAUCUGCGCCCCUGUCACCCCCGAAAUAGCCGCCCGACUCGCCCUCCCCCAAAUGGUUACCGAGAACGCCGAUCCCAAGGGAACCGCAUAUACCGUCUCCGUCGACGCAGCUGAUCCCUCCAUAACAACAGGUAUCUCGGCACAGGACCGCGCCCUUGCCUGUCGGAUCUUGGGAUCUCCCACCUCCACGGCAGCGGAUCUGCGACGACCCGGCCAUGUGAUUCCGCUACAGGCUAAACCCGGAGGUGUCAGGGAGCGCAAGGGACAUACUGAGGCGGCAGUGGAGUUCUGUCGGUUGGCGGGCAAGACGCAGGCGGGUGUCAUCGCAGAACUUGUGGAGGAUGGAGAGGUCGUCCAGGGAGUUCCGGAGAUUGGAGGCAACAAUGGGAUGAUGAGACGGGAUGGGUGUUUGAGAUUUGGCAAGAAGUGGGGGAUCAAGGUGUGUACGAUUGAGGAUCUGGUGGAGUAUGUUGAGAAGGUGGAGGGUGCUGCUGCCGUUAAUGGACACUGAGUGAGAGUGAGUGAGUGUUGAUUGAUUCUUCAUACAUGAUUUCUUUUCUUCGUCGCCUCUCUUGCAUGCCUUCUUGUUCCAUAUUGUUCU